AGAUACACAGGGUAGAUACACCGAAACCGGACCGAAACAUAUACCAAGUACAGUAUUGAAACUGAGAUUAACACUCGGUUAUCACAUAAAGUGUUUUCUUUUUUUUCGGCAAAUCAUGCGCAAUUCGAGUACGGUACCGGUCCGGUAACGUACAUUGCACCUAUGUUUACGUGGUGCCGUGAGAAGAAAAGCUGUGAGUUGUUGUUGAGGUUUCUCGUGAAAUUAAACCUAUCAUCAUGAAAAUUCCAGCGAUUCUAGACUCGUCCGUUCAGAUGCGCCUUUAUACCCUAAGCAAGAGGCAGUUUGUCUUAGUCUUCAUAUGUUUCUUUAUGGCUUUCGGCAUCUCGUUAUUAAUUGGCAUUGCAGGUCCUAAUAUACAAGCCUAUGAACUACAGAAAGAGGUUGAAAAUUUACCGAAUGGUCCUUUUGAGUUGACGUCACCUAUCCUGAACAAGUUCAAUAAAUCAUUAUGGCUUACAACAGCAAUAGAAGUUGACGAUACGUCAGCGGAAACCUUUCAGAAACCAUUCAAUGUAAGCAUCAUGCUCCGAGGCGUAGCCCAGGACAGCAGCCAAGAAAAACUCAAUAGCGCCCCCUACAACAGAACAAGAAAACUCAGCUGUGAAAAGGGCUAUUGCACCGAGCUGCUGCUGCUCCAUUUAACAACCUUGAAAUACUCCACUUACAUCGUCACUGUGACUUUCCAGGGAUUAGAAAAGCUCCAUGUUACUGCAAUCAAUUUCUAUUUUCGAACGUAUAAUCCUGCCUUCUCCAAUAUGAUGAUCUGGUUCAGAUUUGUUUUUCUGGUUAUCACAUUUAUUAUAACAUGUAUGUUUGCUCAUUCACUGAGAAAGUUUUCCAUGAGAGACUGGUCGAUAGAACAAAAGUGGCUGUCCGUUUUAUUACCUCUCCUUCUCCUGUAUAAUGAUCCCAUCUAUCCUCUGACGUUACUGGUAAACAGCUGGAUACCUAUUCUACUUGAUGACAUUUUCCAAGCAACUUUCCUAUGUGCACUUCUCUUAUUUUGGCUGUGUGCUUAUCACGGAAUCAGACAGAGCGAUAGAAAAUGGGUCAAGUUUUACUUGAUCAAGCUAUUAAUAGUUGGUGUGCUGUGGGUUUCAACACUGGUCCUAACCUCAUGGCAGUUAUACUGCAGUCUCUACGACCCGACCUUCAACUACAAAGUCGAUUCAGGGGACUUCAUCGGUAUGGUGAUCUUCUUCCUGGUUGUUGGAGGGUUUUAUGUUCUCUAUCUGCUCUUCCUGGUUAUUAGAGCCUUCACGGAACUACGCUCGCUUCCAUACAUGAAUCUGAGGUUAAAGGUCAUGACGAUGCUUAUGCUGGUGGUAGUUGUAUCGACGAUAACAAUCACCAUCAUGCGAUAUGGAGUCAACAUUUUAAAUGAAAACUUUGUGACAGAGCUCUCGACGUACUACAAAAACUGUGCUGAGUUCCUGGCCUUCUACAGCCUUCUCAACUGCUAUCUCUUCACCAUGGCAUUUGUCUAUUCUCCCUCAAAGAAUGCUCAUAAAGACACAUACUUCAAGGACAAUCCAACAUUCUCCAUGCUGAACGAAUCAGAGGAUGAACUUAUCUAUGGGAGUGACAGUGAAGAUGGUGUACACACGUCACUGACGGGAAACAACAGACACAUGGCUAACGAGGAGGAGUGAAAGAGGUUCUUCCCGACCAUGAAGCGAUGCCAUCCAAAGAUUUGAUUCGUCCCUUUCAACAAGACAGUAGAUUAGAUGCACAAGUGGGUCAUGAUCUGUCUCCUCACAUGUAAACUUGCUUAAUUUUCCACAUUUUAUUUAUUUAUUUUUUAUCUUAGUGUGUUUUUUUUCCUUGGUUGAUCAAAAUGUCUUACAAAAACUUGAUUUGUCCCUUUAAACCAGAUAGUCGGUACAUGAUUCAGGUUUUGAUCUGGCGUUGCAUAUGGAAACUUGCUCAAUUUUUCAACGUUCUUUGUUCCGUUGGUAUUCCAUGUGUGUUGAGUUUUGUGUGGGGAGGGGGAGGGCUGAUAGAAGAGUCAUGUAGAAAAGUACAUGAUUCGGAUUUUGAUGUGGUUUUACACUCCAAAACUCGAAUCAAUUUUCAAAAGUGGUUUGCUAUCUGUCACUUGCAAAGUUGCUUCGUUUUCGGGGGGGGGGGGGGAUUUUGCUUUUGUUUUGUUUUUUCCUUCUUAAAAAAAUAUCAAAAUUUAGUACUUCAUAUGACUCUUAAAAUGAAACAGCAAAUAAGCAUUAGUUGGUCACAAUUUGCCUCAUGGUAACUGUAAUCCUGCUCUAUUUUUAAUCUUUUUGAUUUUUUUUUGUUUUCAAAUUUGUGAUUUUUUGUAUAUGUGUGUAUUAUUUUGAAUAAAAAGAUGCCAUCCAGAUGUUUGAUAUGUCCCUUUAAACAAGUACGUAGAUAGCAUAACACAGAUAUGAUCUUUUUUUUACAUGCAUGCGGUUUUGCUCUGUUUUUAGCUUUUUUUUUCAUUUGUGAAUAUUUUUUAAGAGAUGCUUUCCUAGGAUGCGAUGCAUUCUUCUAAAAAAAAAAUUGGUAAUUCAUAUUGUACACACUUUAAAUUUAUUUUUAGUCUAAAAAACUGGCAUCCAAAUAUUUGAUCUACCCCCUUUCAAUAUCAGUUAUGCAUAUUGCAGUUGAUUGAUAAAUCUAGGAAUGAUUUAAAUACCUAAUAGUGUAAUACAAAAAAUACAAUUGGGUUUUUAGCUUCCUUGUAUUCUUGAUUGUAUUCAUUAAUUGUUUUCACAAAGUAUAUUUUUUAUUGGAGAGAUUUGGGUAGGGGGACUUUUCUGCAAACUUACCCUACAUAUUUCAAACAUUGGACCAAAAUGUUAAAAAAAAGAGUGGUCCCAUGUAGGAAGACAGGCUGUGACUAUAAUUUAUCGAAAUAUGUCACAGGUUCCCACUGAAAUUCUCUGUAAGAUUUGUACAUGUGUGCAGUUUGGACAAUUUUAGAAAACAAGAGCCCAUAGCUAUUGUAGAUGGCAUUAUUUGACCUAUGUUAGGAGCGCUGUAUAAGGAGGCUGCGAUAAUUGUACAUUGAUCGUACCAGUUGGGAUGGACAUGCGGGGUACAUGUAUAUACUUGCUCAUAUCUUACAGAGGUCAAGGCUAUUAAAGGAAACCAAAACUCAAGAAGGGAAGCAAUCUUAUUGGAAAGAGUAAAUUGCGAGGAGCAAUCUAAAAUUUGUUUUAUCAAAAUCGGUUAUAGAAUAAGCGAGUUAUGGAAGUUUGAAAACUUGUUGAACUUUCUAUGGGGAUCCUCAAAUUGGCAAAUCUGCUACAAAAUGGCUGAUUUUGUGGACAACUCUCCAUUUGUAUUGUACACAAAUUUUCAGAUUUUCCUCAUUAUCUUUCAAAUUGCAUCUUGCCUCCUUCUGAGCACAACAAAUGUCAUGGGAAAAUAUAAUUCACACCACAUAUGUCAAGGUCCGGAGGAGAUAAAGUGAAAUAUAUAAAAUAAAGGGGAAAAUCUGAAAAUUUGUGGACAAAACAAAUUGAGAGUUGUCCACAAAAUCAGCCAUUUUGAAGCACGUUUGACACUGUGAGGAUCCCCACCGAAAAUACAACAAGACUUUUUAAACGUUGACAACUUGCUUAUUUCAUAACCGAUUUUGAUGAAACUUGUUUUAAAUUUUUCCUCUCAUUUUACUCUUUCUAAUAAGAUUGCUUCUCUUCUUGGGUUUUGGUUUUCUUUAAAUGCUCUAUUUUCCUACAGCAUGUGCACAGAGCUGCCAACCAUUGCGUUUUUGCCCUAAUUAUUACCGUUUUGGGAACCAAAUUACGGCAUUACGUUUUAUAUCCAUUAAAAUACAAUUCUCUAUAAAAAAAAUUGCCCGUUUUCAUAAAACUUACACAAUUU